AUGGAGAGUCUUCGAAUCUGCAUCGUUCUCGCUGUGAUCGUGUCCGCUGUGGCAGCGGAACAUCUGCAAGGAGAGCCCCGCUACGAACCGUACUACGGCCAGCAGCAGCAGCAGCAGUACCAGCCGCAGUACCAGCCGCAGUACCAGCCGCAGUAUCAGCCGCAACCCCCGAAGGAGCAGCUGACGGCCGACGGUUACAAAAUUGUGCCGGGAGUAGUCGAUGCCCGGUGCCCGCGUGCCGACGAUCCGAGCAAGCCCGUUCACCUGCCGGUGCGCGGAAACUGUGCCAAGUUCAUGAAGUGCUUCGGUGGCCGUGCCUACGAGAUGGACUGUCCGGGCGGUCUCGAGUUCGGUGCCCAGGUGAACCGCUGCGACUACCCAGCGCUGGCCCAGUGCUCCAACUUUUGA